AUGCUAUACCAAUUUGAAAGUACUCUCUUUCAAGCAGAAUUCUUAGAAAAGUUUCCAAGUAUAGAAGAAUAGCCUUUUUUUUAUAAAUAUAGAGCAAGAACAUUAUUAUAAUAAUUAUUGUAAAAGACUUAAGACCCUUUAUAAUAAGCUAUCAUUCAUUAUUAAUUAGGUGUCAAUUAUCUAGAUUGUGAAGAAAAUGGUGAAUGUAUUUUUUUAAUUUCUAAUCAAUCUAGCUAGAAAGAAUAUGGCGAAAUCAUUAUAAUUAUUUUCAUAGAUUGAAAACAUUGAAAAUUACUUAACAUAUAUUUAAUCCAUCUAUAAUCAUUUAGGAUUUUUAGCAGUCAAUUUAGAUGAUAAUGAAACUGGAUUAGCAAUUUUAGCUAAAGCUGAACGAUUAGGUGAAUAUCUGAUAGCAAAGGCAGAUCUUAAAAAAACAGCUUUUAAAAUAUAAGGAGGAUUCGAGAAAGCACAAGAAUUUUACACAAUCACUUUGUUUUAUAUUGCAUAAGCAUAUACAAAACUUGGAAUCAAAGAUAAAGUAUAAUCUAAAUAUUAAAUUCAUUUAGGCUGCUUAUUAUUGUGGUUAAACUAUGUUAAGAUAAUUCAAAUCUAAAACUUAUGAAUUAAGAGAUUUUGUUAUUAAUUGCAUAUCUUUAUCUGAGUAUUAUUCAGGUGUUAUGAAUUUUGCUUAAGCUUUUUAUCUCCUUUUAGUAGGAGAAGCCGUCAUACCAGAAGGAAAAAGAAAAAAAUUGUAUUUUAUUUAUCUUUAAUCUUAGACGUGCUACUUUAUAAAUGGCAUAAGGGAAAGUUAUUGCAGAUAUGAUGUCAUAUUGUGUUGAUUGUAUCAAGAGUAAUCAAUAAAAUGACCCUAGUCUUUCUAAAUUAUUUAAUAAAUAUAGUAUCACCUUUGAUGGUCUUAAUGUUAAAUAAUUAGUAUUUCAUAUUUUUAAUAUAUUUAGGUCUUUUAACCUAGUAAAACUUUUGAUGAAAUCAAAUCCUUAUUUAGAUAAGCUAAUACAUUAUAUAAAAAAGCCAUGUCUAUUUUUGUUUUAGAUGGAUUUGUAACUGAACAUAUUCAAAUGCUUAGCGAAAUCUCAAUUAUGUAUAAAGUUAUUAUGAGUCUUGAAACUGAUCCUAACAAUAUAAUUGCAUUUUUAGAAAAAAGAUUAGAUUUAUUACUUCCUGUUUUUAAUACUAUAAAUCCGAAAGCUUAUUAAAAUACUUUUGAAAAAUUAUUAGUUGAAGUUGCUGAAAUCAACAAUGAAUUAUAUGAAUUUAUUGUUAAAUUUAAUGAAAUUGAUGAUUUCUCUGGAGGCAAAAGUAAAAAAUUAACUGAUAAAAUGAAUAAAGCUUGUCUUAAUACAAUCCAAUAUUAUGAAAAAAUUGUUGAAUAAUUAAAACUACUUGAAGAAAAAUAAAGAGACUCAGCUUAUUAUUCAUCCAUAACUACAGCUUAUUUCAAUAUUGCUAAAGCCUAAUCUAAGUACUAUUCUAAAGAUAACAAAAUUAAAGUUUCAUAUCUAGUUAAUUCUUUAAAUUAAUACAAGUAAUUGGUUUAAUUUAUUAAUCAAUAAAAUCAACAAAAUGAAUUUUAAGCUGUUCUCUAGAUAUGCAAAGAAAUGAUUUCAAUUUUACCAUCAAAAAUUGAUAGAAUUAAUUAUAUGUGA